AUGGCAACCCGAUGGGGACUCUGCGGUGCUGGGAAGAUCAGCCAUGACUUCAGUGUGGCCCUGAAGACUCUGCCGCCUGAAGAUCACCAGAUAGCAGUCAUUGCAUCGAGGAGCUUGGAGCGUUCCAAAGACUUUGCCAAGAAGCAUGAAAUUCCUAAGGCUUAUGGAAGCUAUGAAGAGCUGGCCAACGAUCCAGAUAUUGAUAUCGUGUAUGUAGGAGUGCUGCACACAGAGCACUGGAAGGUUGGUCAGCUGUUUCUCAAGGCUGGGAAGAACGUGUUGUGUGAGAAACCCUUCGCCAUGAAUUUAAGACAGGUGAAGGACCUUGUUGCCUCAGCCAAGAAAAACAAUGUCUUCCUGAUGGAGGCCAUCUGGUCCCGCUGUUUUCCCCUGCAUGUUGAGGUGUGUAGACUGCUGGCAGAGGAGGCAGUAGGGGAGGUGAAGCUGGUUAGGGCCUACUUUGGCUCCCCCCAGCUCCACAUCCCCCGCUCAGUGGAGAAGGAGUUGGGUGGUGGUGCGCUGCUGGAUAUAGGAGUUUACUGCCUUCAGUUUGUGCUGAUGGUGUUCAAUGGGGAGAGGCCAGAGUCCAUCCAGGCCACAGGGGUUCUUCUUGACUCAGGGGUGGAUGAGUCUGUGGUUGUGGCGAUGAAGUUCUCCAGGAACAGGAUCGCCUUCUGCACCUUCUCAAUCUCAACUAAACUUUCAAACGAUGCUGUCAUCAGUGGCACCAAGGGCUCCAUUAGAGUUGUUGGCCCCAUGCACUGCCCCACAACGCUCGUGGUCAACGGCAAAGAGACAGAAUACCCUUUGCCUGAACCCUGCCUCCCUCUGAAUUUCACCAACAGCACUGGGCUUCGCUACGAGGCGGAGGAAGUGAGGCAGUGCCUGCUUAAAGGGCUUAAGGAGAGCCCACGGAUGCCUCUGGCGGACUCUGUCUUACUGACAGAGAUCAUGGAUGAAAUCAGGAAGCAGGUGGGAGUUGCCUUCAGCCAGGACAGCCAGUGA